UGCUCACACUCGGGCUGAACUCGUCCUCGCUGCCUCCGCUGUAGUGUCCACUCCACGGAGCUAUGCCGUUCACCGUGACGACCAGCGCGACGUGAUCCGACACGCGCCAAACGUGGAUUAACGUGCACGGACUUUGUUGAACGAUUUAAUGACUUAUUUUUCGUGCGUGGUUUGCGAAUAGCGAAAAAAAGUGGCAUGUUGUUGUUCACUCGUCGUGGGUCAUGGGAACUGCGGUAUCCAAAAGGAAGAAUUUGAGGAGCGACGCAAUUUCUUCCGUGACAGCAAAAGUUCGAGCAGCCAGAGCCUUCAGCGAGUACCUGUCCACCACCGGCCCUGAGAACCACAACGGAGCACAUCACCUCCUGUCUGACACCUUUGCCGUCCCGGAUUGCGAGUCUCCAGUUAUCAGCCACUUGCAUAACAACAAUCUGCCUCCUCGGAGCCACUGUCUACCCAAACCUAACCACAAUACCCAGUCCCAGCGGAGCACCCAAAUCAGCACCCUACAGAACCAGGCACCUGUGGGACCCUCCAAACGCCGACUCUCCACCGAGCACAGCAUUUCAUCAGAGGAUCAGACAGUAGCGCCUACCUCCAGAGAGAAGCCAUCUCGAGUGUACACCAUCACCCGAGAAGGCAGCAUGACUCUGGGAAUACGAGACAGUGAGGAGAGCCUGGAGCUGGAGGUGCUGAAGACGUCAAGGGAACAGUCUUCGGCCCAGUCCCAGGCUCCUGCCGCCCCAAACCCGUCCUGCACCAGCCAGCCUUCCCGCAGCACCAGCACCCAUCACAGGAGCAGUCAUCACCGGAGCAACCAUCACCACGGUAACCAGCAUCAAAGUGGCGGCAGCGGCCCCUCUUCCUCCCAGCCUCUGAAGAGUUCGGGCAGCGCUAGUAACAUCCGGGACUGGGGGCUCCGCAGGGGGAACUCGAGAGAGGAGUACACCCCUGACUGCGUGGCCUGUAUCCGAGCACCGUGUCAGAGCCAGAGGUCCCUGGAUCUGGACAUCCCGCCGCGGGACGGAGGGAAGCCGCGCAAGAAGCUGGAGAGAAUGUACAGUGAAGACAGAGCAUUGUCAGAAGAUAGGGAGGAUGGUCCCAAUAGCUGGUUUCCCAAAGAGAACAUGUUCAGUUUCCAGACUGCCACUACCACCAUGCAAGCGAAUUUCCGAAAACACUUGCGAAUGGUGGGCAGCCGUAGAGUCAAAGUCCAGACCUUCGUGGACCGCCGGGCCAAGAGUUUCAGCCGCUCAUGGAGUGACCCCACCCCCGUCAAGCCCGAGUCUCUGCAUGACUCCAGAGACUGUGGGGACUUGCAGACCUCGACAGGGACUCUGGACGAUGGGCUGGGGGAGGAUCCAGACUGGGAGGAGGAGAGGGCGCAGGAGAGGGCCGCCUGUGAUGGAGAGGACUUCAUACCUCCUAAAAUCAUGCUUAUUUCCUCCAAAGUCCCAAAGGCCGAAUAUGUCCCCAACAUCAUCCGCCGCAACGACCCCUCCAUCAUCCCCAUCCUCUAUGACCAUGAACACGCCACCUUUGACGACAUCCUUGAGGAGAUAGAGAAGAAGCUCACAGCCUACAGGAAGGGCUGCCGCAUCUGGAAUAUGCUCAUUUUCUGCCAGGGGGGACCAGGACACCUCUACCUGUUGAAGAAUAAAGUGGCCACAUUUGCUAAAGUGGAGAAGGAGGAAGAUAUGAUCCAGUUUUGGCGGAGGCUGAGCAGACUGAUGAGCAAACUCAACCCAGAACCAAACCUCAUACAUAUUAUGGGAUGUUACGUGCUGGGCAGUGCCAAUGGAGAAAAGCUAAUCCAGACACUGAAGAGACUGAUGAGACCCUCCGCAGUGGAAUUCAAGUCUCCACUGGAGCUGUCUGCGCAGGGUAAAGAAAUGAUUGAGACCUACUUUGACUUCCGUCUGUUCCGCCUGUGGAAGAGCCGUCAACACUCCAAACUCCUGGACUACGAUGACCUGUUGUGACCCCGCUGAAGUCAACUGUGAUGAGGCUUGAUGCUACAUGGUUUCCUCGAGAGUGAUCCCAUUGCCCUGCUCUGACAGACAGUCGGGCUUUUGGAGUGCCCCCUAGUGUCGGACGUCACACAUUGGCUGGCUUUGAGCCACAAAGCCAUGAGGUUCAUAUGGGACUAGUGUGUGGUUAGUCUCCAUUACCUUUCCAAGAUGGCGGAAAGGGUUAGCGGCGGUGUUAGCUAGUACUGUCUACUGAGUUUUAGAGUAGAAGUUUAACCAUGACAGAAGAGUUGAUGGUCCUUCUACAUUUCUGAAGGAAUUUUGAGCCGAGAAGAUUAGUGCUUCUAUGUAUAUAAACAAGUGCUUUCUACAGCAUUAGCAAUGAUGAAUCCAGCAUCUCUUUCCAUAUUUUAUGUGUGAAAUCUAACCUUGAUGUGACGCUGUAUUGAUUACAGCUUUUAUAAACAUUCAAAUGGGUGUAAUGGUAUUUUGUACAGACUUGUUGUUAUAACUCAGGUGAAAAUCUUUAGUUUGAUAAGAAAUUAUACUCACGGUUUGUAAGGCGAUAUACUGUAGAUACCACUCCAAGGCCUUCAACGAUAUUUAUGGUCAGGGAUGGUGUUUAUCUCCUAUAGCCUUUUACUAAGCUGUAGCCUUUCUGACAAACUCGUGCAUGUAUAUCAUGACGUUAGCAUUAGCAUAGCAUUAGCUCCAGUCCUGGCCGCUAACAUGCCGCAAUGCUAGCUUUUUUUUUUUCUUGAAGUGUUGGCGAACAGGAGCUCAUAUCUUUAAUACCUGUGUGUUGCAUGUAGGCUAGUUGAUUUUUCCUCUCGGAAGAAAACAAAAUAAUUGGUGUUACUCAAUAUUCAAUGCUAGAUUUAUUUGAACAAUUCUAUUGGUGGAAAUAUAUUGUUUUAAAUUAGCAAAUCAUUUAAUUACAUUUUUUAUUUUUAUUUGUUUUCACGUAGAAUUUGUUUUUUGUGUUAAUACACUUAAUUCUGCAUAUAUCAAAUUACAAUUCAAACAUAGGAUAGGGCCUAAAUGGGCAUAAAUGUGUAUGAAAAGAAGAUGUAUGUUAUUUAAAAGAUCAUCAAUGCUUCCAUAUCAGUCAACAGCAUUAUGAUAAUUUGUGAAAAGAGCCAAAAGGUAUUCAGGGAUCUUUCAAUUAUCAAAUCCAACUUACACAGCCAAAAAAUAUAAAAAUAUAUAUUUUUACGCCAACCAAGGCCUUGAGGUACUAGAAACUAUCCAAAUGGCUUAAUCACUUUAUGAAUCUAUAUCUUCAAGAAUCAUACAAGUUAUAGCCUAAAGUUUAACAAUAUUCUGACAGCCAUACAGAGCCUUCUACAAAGCUCAGUAUUUCCAUUAUUAAUAAUGGUUAAUAAUCAUUCAAUAAUAGAUAAAUAAAGGUCACCAUUUGUGACAUAAAUGGAUAUCUUGCUUGUCAUAAUUUAGUAGUAAGUACUGUGUUCGGGGAGAUAACUGAUAUUAAUUAGCCUGUUGAUGAAGAUGUGCUGUUAUUACUGUAGGCUAAAUAUUAAUGUUUUCUACACAUCAUUAACUUUAGUCAUAACACUGUUAAGUAGCCUAAUGUUUGGUAAAUAUAUUUAUUAUAUCAUUUGGAAAGGGAAAAUGACCUACUUGUGUACAUUGUUGUGAAUUUUGAUGAUGCUUUGUGAAUUUAGGAAACAACAAUAUGCCACAAAUUUUAAAGCUUAGUUAGAGCUGGUGGUAUAACAUGAG